AUGGCAAUGGAUGAUCGACGUUUCUACACGGGUAUGACAACCGAAGACGAAAGAGGGAAAAGCAUAAUGGGUGUUACGUUUCCAUUUUCAAGAAAGGGAGAUGUGAUUACUGCGUUAUAUGGAUGUAGAUGGCCUGUUUUAUUGAGACGAGAGUUGGACAAGCAGGAUGAGCUUAUGGUUCGGGGGAAAGUGUAUGCGAAUGGAUUUAUGAAUGGAGAAGGGCUAGAAUUGGGGAUUAGCGCGAAAGUGUUCGAGAUAUAUUGA